GGGGCCCCCAAGUCUCCGGGCUGCACAAAACCAGUGUCCAAGCCUCGCCUCCCACAGCUGCUCCCAGGCCUGCCAGCUCCUGGAGACGAGAUGAGAGGAUAGCUGGCCCCAGACAGGGCAGAGUCCGGCAGCCAGGACCCAGCAGGCGGCCCCGCAAAGUCAGCCCCUCCGCCGGCGAGCGGCUCCGCGUGACCCGGGGACACGUGACCCGCGCGGGGCGGGGCCGCCAGUACAGUUGCUGCAGCCGCCGCGGGAGGUGUCCGAGACAAGAUGAAGCUCAUCAUCCUGGACCAUUAUUCUCAGGCCAGCGAGUGGGCAGCCAAGUACAUCAGGAAUCGCAUCAUCCAGUUUAACCCGGGGCCAGACAAGUACUUCACCCUGGGACUUCCCACUGGGAGCACCCCAAUUGGCUGCUACAAGAAGCUCAUUGAGUACUAUAAGAAUGGCGACCUGUCCUUCAGAUACGUGAAGACCUUCAACAUGGAUGAGUACGUGGGCCUUCCUCAAGACCACCCAGAGAGUUACCACUCCUUCAUGUGGAACAACUUCUUCAAGCACAUUGACAUCCUCCCAGAAAACACCCACAUUCUGGAUGGGAAUGCACCUGACCUGCAGGCUGAGUGUGACGCCUUUGAAGAGAAGAUCAAAGCUGCAGGGGGGAUUGAGCUGUUUGUCGGAGGCAUCGGCCCUGAUGGACACAUUGCCUUCAAUGAGCCAGGCUCCAGUCUGGUGUCCAGGACCCGUGUGAAGACUCUGGCCAUGGACACCAUCCUGGCCAACGCUAGGUUCUUCGAUGGUGAUCUCACCAAGGUGCCCACCAUGGCGCUGACGGUGGGUGUGGGCACUCUCAUGGAUGCUAGAGAGGUAAUGAUCCUCAUCACAGGUGCGCACAAGGCGUUUGCUCUGUACAAGGCCAUCGAGGAGGGAGUGAGCCACAUGUGGACCGUAUCUGCCUUCCAGCAGCAUCCCCGCACAGUGUUUGUGUGUGACGAGGACGCCACCCUGGAGCUGAAAGUGAAAACCGUCAAGUAUUUCAAAGGUUUAAUGCUUGUUCAUAACAAGCUGGUGGACCCCUUGUACAGUAUCAAAGAGAAAGAAACAGAGAAAAACCCGUCUUCUGAGAAACCAUACGGUGAUUAGCCUGUGCUCAUCCUAGCGUCAAGGACCUCUGUAGGACAGGCAGAGCAAUUCUGGAAAUUGCCUUUAGGAGGACAGAAUUUUAUUUCUUUAACCCAGUAUGGUUACUCCGGAUAAACGGGUAUACUUAUUGUUCUUGGCUAUGCAGCAUGGAGCCUAGUCAUGAGAGUUUAGCUACAGGGAGAAGGAUGUGUUUUGCAACUUACUUUAAUCAGAAAAAAAGUCUCUGAAAAACGUACUCCAUAAUUUCAAUGUCUGCCCUACACAGAUUAAGGGUUUUUAGCUUUUGUUCUGCCUCUGGCACUGUUCUCAUGUACAACACACUCCCGUCAGGAAUUUCUAUCAUUACGUACAACAGUUCUCAGUUGGGGGUAGUGGGAGCCUGUGUGUAUUGGCUAAAACCUCUUUGGAGAGGCUUUGAAAGCCCCUCUUGAGUAGGCCUGCCUCUCAUUUGAGAAUCACUGUUCCAGAUUAAGGAACAAUCUCUCAGCCUUCUGUUCAGUUUUAAGUGCCGUAGAAAGAAAAUGAUUCCUUACUUUCUUUCCCUAGUUGUUUUUUUCCUGCUCUCACAGUUGGCCUUUCCAUGAACUCGGAGGACUCCUUGGGGGAGGAGGAGCUGGGUGGCUAGGGCAAAAGAGAAGGCUUUUGCGGAUAAACUCAGAGUCUCAAGGGGCCUAACCACGUCAAACUCCCCUCCCUCCGGGACCCUCUGGCACCUGGAGAAAGGCGGAAACCCUCUUCCCACCGGAGCCCCAUGUUUUUGUUCCAAGGUCUCACUGGGGUGACAGGAUCCUGCCUCAAUGUCAGUGUGUUCAGCUAAAGAGAUGGGGGCCAAGGCAACAGCUCAGUUAGGCCUAAGUUUAGUCACAACACGAGUGACAUGUUCUCCUGCUUCCCUGAGAGGUGAGUGCCAAGACGACAUACCAAAUGCUUCUGAAGUUGCCUAAUAAUAGCCUUUCCCCACUGAAAAUACCCUGCCCUUCCAACCCGCUCAGGUUCCGGUGGCCCGGUCUGAUGUUUCCAGAGCAUCAGGAAGUACAGCCCUUUUGCCCCUUUUAUCCUUCACCCUUGUUCACAAAGUGAGUUUAUUGCUCUGCCUUUUGACUCUCUUAAGCCUUCGUGGAGUGGAUGCUGCCUUCCCCUCCCUAUUUCCGUGCCUGUUUGAAGCUGCUGCUUCCUCUCUUUCUGGGAAAGAUCUUUCAGAGACUGGCUCAGGCCUCUCUUCAAGUGCUGUGUUUGGCACCAGUGUUUGGUCUUGAGCUUUUACACGUGAUUGUGCUGUCAUUCUGUCUUAGGCUAACGGAUCAGUGGACCUGUUUACAAUGUGAUAUUUUCUAUUAAAUCCAGUAUUUUCAAAUAAAA